AUGCCCACUAAUAAACAUAAAUCUCAAUCGCGCCGCUUCGACCCGACCCGCUAUGUAGCAGCCGUGAUGUAUCGAUACGCCUUGGCUCCCACUAUCCGCGCAAUCGGCGCUUCCUCCCGGAGCCAACCAAAGCUUCUAUCAUUCAUCCCGAAUAAGCGACAACCAAUCCAGGUCGUACUGGACUUUCCUCUGGAUUCGAACUGGGAUAGCGGAGCACCUCAUGAAUGGUAUACGGGGCAGCCGGAGAAGAUUUUUUAUAGCCUUGAAUAUAGAAAGGAAAAGAGCGGAGUUCGACACGAGUUUAUCGAUGCCGGUCGUAUAAAUGCCCCACUUGAAGAAGGAACAAAGUCCAAAGACACUGCACGGAUUAUAAAAACCGACGACGAUCAGAAAGAGCAUAAAGACACACCCACUUGCUGCCUCAUAAACCUUUUUAUAUAUAAUUGCUACUUCUUCUCUUGGACAAUAACCGCAUUGCUUGCUGCUCGAAGGGCGGUUGACUGGGAUGGAUUUGCGCAGUCGGAGGAGACUUGGGCAACGAUUGUCAACGAUUCUCUCAAACAUCUAGCACCGGCUUCCUUGAAUCGCUCAAAGGCAUCAACUGGAAAAAGGUUCUUAGCCCGGGUUUCGAAGAUUGGCAAGUUUGUUGGUUUCAAGCCAAAGCCCUCGUUGCCGGACGCCCCCAUGUUCCAUAGUCUCGUAGACGGGGCAGAGUCGCAUCAAGAGAAGUUCAGUUCGCUCCUUAGGAAACCAUUGAUCGAGCUUCGCGAGACCAUCCGAUUAUCCAUUCGUAACCUUCUCCUUCGGUCCCAGCUAGCAUCCACCCUCGAGGAGCAAAUCGACAAGGACGUGAGGGACGCCGCAACCCAAGUUAUCAGUCUCUCUGCUGUGCGUGCGGCAGGUGAGAUGGCCAUGAGGGUGAUUACAGCACUACAUCCAGCAAAACCAGAGAGUUUGGUGUACGCAGGGCUUGAGUGGAGCGACCAUUGUGACAUCGCAUGGGACGUAACAUGCGCAGCUGCGGCUGCCGCGGAGUCCGCAAAGGCCGCCCCGGCUGACGGCUGGGUUCAAGAGUGGGAUCGAGUAUGGCAACUUCAGUGGGAUGCGAAAAUAACGGCCGGAGAUGGUGAUCAGAAUAGACCUAUUGGUCAGAAUGCGUGCAGACAAGCCAGAGCAGCAUGGCGACGAGAAUGGGACCAUAUGCAUUCAGUACGAGAGGAACAUAUUUCGCAAAUAGUAAACAGUAUGCAAGAAGGCAUUCUUGCAAAGAUUCCAGACCUGGACGAUGACCGAUUGAAGAUAGGAGAACGUGCCAAGGCUAAUGUGGUCAAGCGCCUGUUCAUUGAUAAGAAAGCGCAGGUCCAAAACGAAGUGCCUCAGCCACCGCUACAAGAAUAUAUUGAGAGCCGGAUCGUGAAGCAUUGUGAAACGGUACAAAACUUUGGAUUUGCUUCCUACGAAGAUGGUUUAGAGAAGAUUGAAAGUGCCAUGCAUCAGAUAUGGAUAAAAACUGUUGAAGCUCUACCCGAUAAAAAUUCGAAGUAA